GAUAAGCACUGCACUUUGACUAUGGAAGCAGAGGCUGCUGAUGGAUAUAUAACAUGUGACAAUGACUAUUCUCCUGAGAGGGAGCACUGCGGCAUGGCCAUUGACCUCACCUCCAGCACUCCCAAUGGCCAGCACGCCUCCCCCUGUCACAUGGCAAGCACAAAUUCAGUAAAGCUAGAAAUGCAAAGUGAUGACGAAUAUGACAGGAAGCCCCUGAGUCACGAAGAUGAGAUCAGAGCUCACGAUGAAGGAAGCAGCCUGGAAGAGCCCUUCAUCGACAAUAACGAGAUGGUGGAUAACAGAAAGAUCCAGGAGCUCUCAAGCGAGGGAGGAAUCCGGCUUCCCAAUGGUAAACUGAAAUGUGACGUCUGUGGCAUGGUUUGCAUUGGGCCCAAUGUGCUAAUGGUACAUAAAAGGAGCCACACUGGUGAACGCCCCUUCCACUGUAACCAAUGUGGAGCUUCUUUUACCCAGAAGGGGAACCUGCUGAGGCACAUCAAGUUGCACUCUGGGGAGAAACCGUUCAAAUGUCCCUUCUGCAGCUACGCCUGCCGGCGGAGGGACGCCCUCACAGGACACCUCAGGACGCACUCUGUGGGGAAGCCUCACAAGUGCAACUACUGCGGCCGGAGCUACAAGCAGCGCAGUUCGCUGGAGGAGCACAAGGAACGCUGCCACAACUAUCUGCAGAAUGUCAGUAUGGAGGCUGCUGGGCAGGUCAUGAGUCACCAUGGUGGGUGCAAACCGUCUGCUGAGGGCACUUGGACUUGGAGCAUCUCUUUACCUCCUAUGGAAGAUUGUAAGGAACAAGAGCCUGUGAUGGACAACAAUAUUUCUGUGGUGCCUUUUGAGAGACCUGCUGUUAUAGAGAAGCUGACAAGCAACAUGGGAAAGCGUAAAAGCUCCACCCCACAGAAGUUUGUGGGUGAAAAGCUCAUGAGAUUUGGCUAUCCAGACAUCCCCUUUGAUAUGAACCUAACCUAUGAGAAGGAGGCUGAGCUGAUGCAGUCUCACAUGAUGGACCAAGCCAUCAACAAUGCAAUCACCUACCUUGGAGCUGAGGCACUUCACCCCCUGAUGCAGCACACACCAAGCACAAUUGCAGAGGUGGCGCCGGUCAUCAGCUCAGCUUACGCUCAGGUCUAUCAUCCCAACAGGAUAGAGAGGCCCAUCAGCAGGGAAACAGCCGACAGUCACGACAACAACAUGGAUGGCCCGAUCUCCCUCAUCAGACCAAAGAGUCGAACCCAGGAUAGAGAGGGCUCCCCCAGCAAUAGCUGCCUGGAUUCUACUGACUCAGAGAGCAGCCACGAUGACCGCCAGUCCUACCAAGGAAACUCUGCCUUAAAUCCCAAGAGAAAGCCAAGCCCGGCUUAUAUGAAGGAGGACACCAAGGCUUUGGAUGUCACAAAAGCUUCUAAGGGCUCUUUAAAGGAUAUCUACAAGGUGAUCAACGGAGAAGGGGAGCAGAUUAGGGCUUUCAAGUGCGAGCACUGUCGGGUCCUUUUCCUGGACCAUGUCAUGUACACCAUCCACAUGGGCUGCCACGGCUACCGGGACCCUCUAGAGUGCAACAUCUGUGGCUACCGGAGCCAGGACCGCUAUGAGUUCUCGUCGCACAUAGUCCGAGGGGAGCACACAUUCCGCUAGGCCUUCUCAUCCAAAGGGGACUCGUAUGAAGUAGAAGAACUGCACAUGAAGAAAUACUGCACUUACAAUCCCACUUUUCCUCGGACAUUGAAACGCCUAUUUUGUUGUUGUUGCUGUUGUUGUUGUUGCUGUUGUUUAAUUAUUAUUAUUAACCUUAUUUUUUUGUGGACCCAACCUCAUUUGCUCUGCCCAGCUUAAGAAUAGAAAGAAGGAAGGGAAGGGAUAAAAGAGGGGUUUGUUGUUGCCAUCACUUUCUGGGGAGUGACCUGCGUCGCUUUCUGUGGGAAUUGGAAGGCAGUCCGUGUCUGUCUCAGUCACUUGUACACCAUGUCCUAUUUUGGGAUAUCACUCAACCCUUCUAGGUGCUUUCAAGUCCCAACAAGAUGCCACUCAUUUACAAUUUCAGAGGAAUAGGUAGAAACAUUUCAGAGGAGAGUGUUUUUCUAACGUGUAGUUACUGUGCGGGGUCUUGGUGGCUGGAGAAGAGGGGGGGAGCUUUAUUCUGCGGAAUGAACAAUUAUUUUUAAAGCAAAACUGUUAGGGAGUUAGGAGCAUGAAUCAAAGUUACUUUCAAGGGAGAGCUGUUUUCCUGGGUUCAGUGUGUAUUGCCCCUCUAGAAUGUAAAUAAAUUAUAAAAAAAAGCAAAAAAAAAAGGAAAUGUAUGUCUUAACACUGUACUACAUUACAGCAGUUUAGUUUCAUAAGUCUGAGGGCCUUCUGUGGUGAGUCUGAGGCUUUGUAUUAUUAUUUUCCUUAACUUAUGAAGCACCUUUUUUAGGAUUGUUUGUAUUCUGUUACUCCAUGCCUAUGUGUUGUCUCACUGGCUUCUAAGAGACCUAACUUUUAAGAGAGAGCAUUUAGGAAUAACAUUUAAACUUGCUUUUAGGACAGUAAGUGGCCUAGGAGUGGGUGAGAGUCUGUAGUUUACUCAAGAGGUUCUGCUGCUCUUCUGAAAUAAUUUCGGUUUGAAAUGAUGGAUUUUAAAAUGACAAAAGUACUAGUAAAAACAUGUUCUUUAAAUAUAGGUAUAUAUAGAUAUAUAAUUAUGUAAAUACUUUCUCAUUCUAUUAUCACAGUAUUAACCUCUUGGAAACAGCCUAAACUAAGACUUGCAGCUGGGAAAGUGAUGGGAGCCAGAUCCUUGGCCAGCAUUAAUCCUCUUAGCUCCAUUGAAUUCAAUGGAACUGCCCCAACUCCUUCAGCUACAUCAGGAUCUGAGCCUUGACUGGUUUUUCUCCUUUUGACGUCUUAUUUGCUAAUUUGCUGAACCGGUGAUUUCCUUUUGUUUCUAAGUCAUCAAUUGUGCUUUAAUUUAGGGGUGCAAGUGUCAGCAGAUUUUGCUGGAGAGCACAGAAGCCUUUCACAUCAACAGGAUGCAUAUGACCUUCCCUACUUUUUCAGAAAGCGAUCAGUGGAGAUGCAGGUGCCGUGCGUUGAUUUGGAUUUGCAGAUUUCAUUUUUAUUCCUAAUAUAUUAAUUUCACUGUGGCGAAAACAAAUGGAGAAACACGCUCCAGAGCAAGUCCUUGACCCACAGACUGGACAAGAAAAAAAAAGUCCACUGAUCUGUUUUGUUUCCUUUCUUUCUCUCCCUGUAAAUAACAAAGCCAGCAACCACCCAGCAAGUUGCAUCAGUAAAAGCUGGGCUUAAACCUACAGGACAGAUUGCCAUUGAAACCCAACUGUUUGUACCAAUCACAAUUGAAAUGUUGUUGUUUGGCAACAAGAGCACAGCUUGAGAAUGGAAAGAUCUGCAUGGGUUUAACCCCCUCUGUGCACACGGUCUCCAUGCGCCUGGGGAGACCUUUUCCAAAGUAUAAAGUUACUAAAGUAUAAAAGAGAGAGCAAGAUCAGGCCAUAAUGAAUUUCCAUCUGCUCCCUUCAAUCUGUGCACUCCAUGUGUAUGCCAGUUUGCUGUUCGUUUCGAGGGUACCAGGUUUUUUUUCUUCUUUUCUUCCUAGACCUGGAGCAUUUGAAAGUAGGAGCUGAGUGGUAUUGAUUGAAAUCUUUUUAUGGUGACAUUCUUGGCAGCUAGAACCUGUGUUUAGAAAGGAUACAGUAGAUCAUGGCCAGAUUACCUGAUGACUGCUUCCCAGCACUGCAAUGCUAUUAAGUAUUAGCUGGUAAAGUCUUGCAGUAGCCUAUUAAUUAGAAUAUGGAGAGAAAUGUCAUCUUGUGUAAUGUGAGAGCUAUCAAGGCUGGGAAUAUACAGGCUUUGGAGAGACAGAUUUAAAGAUCUAUUCCCAACAUUGUUCUUAGUGUCGUUGGGUUCCUCCCCCUCCUUCCUUCUUCAUCCUAAUGUAGAGGAAACUCAGGCAAAUGAGCCACUGCCAUCCUCCAGACCAUUCUCAUUGUCUUGUGCCUGGUGUAGUGAAAGGAGUUUGUGCAGGAGAAAAGCAGAGAAACGCUGGAGGGCAUCACUUUUAUUCUGUAUGGCUGAUUCUCUGCAGCUAGGAAGGUUGGCUUAGGAGGUGGCUGGCCGUGUUUUGCAUCAGGAUUUGCCUGGAAAUUCUGAAAAGAAAGAAAAAAGUGGUUGUGAUUUGCCGAGACAGGAAAGGUCUUUUAAGAACAAGGCGCAAAGAGGAAGGUGCUGGGCCUCAAGGUUGCUGGGCUUGUCUGGGCCUCCAGAAAGACACAUGCCCAAACCAGAGAAAAGGGCUGCCAGCAAUUCCUUUCAUUCUCUGGGGGCAACACUCCAUUUUCCCCUCUGUGGUCAGUGAAAAAACAUGGGCUAUGGUUUCUUGGAAUAGUUAGCGCUAGGGAAAAAGUGUUAAAAAUUUCUGCCUUUGUUUGGUAAAGCACCGGAAUACGGGAAAGGCAGAAAAUCUCUUGUGUAUCCACAAAGAAGUUGGCUGUAAUUGUAUCUGCAGUUAGUGUGCACUUUGGUUCACUGAUGACUCAUUGAUACCUCCUGUAGGGUGUAUUCUGUAGAUGUUUAAGGGAUCAGAUGGGGAGGCUCGCUGGUUCAGCUAAGCCCAGCUUCUUGUUCUAAGGGUAGCAAGUGAGAUCUAUAUGUCCUGGUGUCACGGGCAUAGUGAACUGGGGAGGCACUGGGGAGUUAUCUUCCAAAACCUACGUUUUUUGGAGAAUUUUAUGUUCAUUUUUAUUAUCAGUGUCCUUUUCUGAAUAUUCAUUAAAGAUUUUCAACCUAGAGCUAGGAAAAGGAGAAAGUUUGAAUUCUAGUUCAAAUUUUGAACAAAAUUUUGGAUUAACACGUACUUAAGAAUUUAAUUCCUGCUGAAAAUUAUUGGAGAGUUUUAUGUAACACAGUUUGUCCCUUCACAGAAGUGUGCAAAAUGGGGUCGCAGAGAUUUCUUUGGGUUUUUCUCUUGCUUGCUCACUGCAGACUUCUAAGAAAAGCUCUUGACUUUUGACAAGUUCGUUAGUCAUUCGCAGUGUACUCGGAAUUUCAGUAGCUAAUCUUUGGCCUGCACAUCCAUUUAUUCUGAGUAUUUGGUGUUGGAAAUCGAACCUGACUGGUUUUUAUCGGACUCUUCUGAAAUUCUUGGAAUCAAGUUUCCAGUUAAAAACACGCAUUUGCAAAUCUAGACUUGCCUUCCUGUGAGCAUUCCUCAUUUUCAUUAAAAAUAAUUUUUAAAAAAGGUCAUUUCUGUGCACAUCCCUGCCAGUAAACCCCUCUGCUUCUUUUACAUCAAAAAUGGCAAGGUUCUGCCUCAGUUUAGAGGAUUACAAGCCUAAUAAUUGAAGUAGAAGUGUGACUGCUUGUUCUGUUCCUGGUGUGAUCCAUAGCCUUGGAGCAAAGGGCAUUAUCUAUAUAUCUGCAGUUAUGGCUGAUGAAUUUUACAGCCACCUCUCUUUGCGAUCGGUUAGGAGUGCACAUCAAAAUAUAUAGCAUUUUUCAGUAAAACCAGCUCUUCGCUCAGUAACUUAUGAGAUUAAAACAGUUUUAAUCUCCUUAAAAAGUGCUUUCAUCCAUGCUGUGAUGUGAAGGUGUCUAGGCAUCAACCUGUAUCAGUCUGUAUUAGGGAGAAAGAAUCUAAAUUGGCUAAUUGGCCUGGUUUUUAAUGGGGCGAGUUUCUGCAAUGCGAGGACCCAACUCACAAAAUAGCCAUGUGGACCUAAAGUAUGUUUACUACAAGGCGAAGAAAUUCUCGAUUGUAAGAGUUUCCAAAUUUCCUUCUGUUUACAAGGGCAUUCCUAAAUUUGUGUUGUCAGGCAGGAGGUCAGUAAUUAAAUCAAACCCUUCAAAACUGGCCUUUAAUGGGACAUUAUUGCUGUUGUCCAGGACCUGAGCUUGCUUGCUCAGAUUUGAAAGAAGCCAGACAACAGACACUCCUUCUUCCAGAAAGAAACUUUGGAGAUAAUUGAGGCAAAGGUGCUUAUUUCAGCCAAGGACAGGAGCUACAAUAAUACAGUUCCUUUGCUGGAUAAAUUCCUUUCUUUAACUCUUGCUGUGAUUAUAAUGUAAUGAGGAGGGAGAAAGGAAGCUGCACUGAUACCAGAAUCACCUAAAGUCAGAGUGGGAUUUCAGGAAAAGUGUGAUGGAAUUGGCUUUGCCACUAGAAAUUUGCCACUAGAAGUCUUAGCUUGGCUCACAAGCUUUUAAAAACAAAAAUGGAUGGUAGGAAUGGCCUAUGGUCUGGGGCAGCUGGAGAGCUUGAGAAAGUAUAUUUAUAAAUAUAUAAAUAUAUAUAUAUAUGGUAUUGUAUAGUUAGAUAUAUGCUUUAUUGUAUAUGUGCCUUUUCCAAAUGCAUUUUGGGAGAUCAUGAUGUUGUUCAUGAUAUCCUCCCACACCCUUUCAGAAUGCACGGCAAAAACCAACCCAAAGGAAACAUCCCUUCUCCUGCUCUGCACCCUCCUUGGCAGCUUGACCCGGAGAGAGGAGCUGGUACUUUGCUGUGAGAUUUCCUGGAGUCAACUGGCUUUUAGGAGAGGGAAGGGCUGAAAACUACUCUAGCAAACUGCAUUCCAGCUGUCCAGCCAGAGCUGGUCUGGGAGCUGGUCCCAGCCGGCACAGCAUCCCCAGCGCGAUGCCAAGACCUGCCGUGGGAGCCCCCGGCUGCACCGUGCGCUGUGGAGCGCCAGGGCAACGUCUCCUGUUUUCUCCCCCUCAGAGCUUUAAAUGAAGCACACUUGGAAGUGGACUUUUCUCUCCUUUAAAGUUCCCACUUAGGAACAGGAGCAGACUUAUAAGCACCUGCUACUUACUUCAACCUGGAAAAAGAAAUGCGGUGAGCCCAUGGGAAGUGGUUUGCAAGGUUGCCUGUCAGGCUGCUGCCACCCCAAUAAUUGGUGUAGAGAUGAGAGAAGCCCAUCAGUAGAAGUUGUUAAGGAGGUUUGUCCGCUGGAUUCAUUCAUCGCUGCGGUGACGAGCACGGUGUUUCAGUACUUUCCUGGCAGGUUGGUGACCUAGUUUCAGGUCUAAUUAUUCACCCUGCAUAGAUGCAGUGUCUGAGUGCUGGCACAGCCGAGGUGUGGAGCCUGUCGUGGGGAAGGUGGCUGGGCCAGCAUGUUUUUGGUGAGAGCCUGAGCCUGGUGGCAGCCCAGUGCCAGCUCCUUAGCACUGCUCUGGGGGGUCUGGGCCCAAGGUACUCACAGGGAAGGGGAGGGGAGGAAUUAGGUAGAAAAGAGGCAGGACUUGCUUCAUAGUAAAUAGAUUCCCUUGUUUCUCAUUGAUGUGUUCUGAGGUAUAAGCAAAGGAGAACAUCAUGGGUUUCUAAUUUGACCUCCUACAACCACGCCUGAAGGGGCUGCUUGUGUUCUUCUCCACCAAGGGUCUGAAUUGACCAGAGGAUAGUCAGAAGGAGGGGUGUGCUAAGGCUUUGCCAUGCUGCAUGCUUAACAGGCCAGGAAAACAAUAAAAAUGGUCUCUGUUUAGUUCACCUAGCUUCCCAGUUGAUCAUGCAGGCAAGCAUUCCCAGUUCCUGUUCACUUCCAGCCUUUGGAAAGGUGGUUAUCGUUAUGCUCACUUGGAUCCUCAGCUGUCUCUCUCCUUCUGUGAAAACUUCUCCUUUUCAUACAAAUCUUGGGACCUAAGUAAUUAGUGGACAGAAAUGACCAUUUUAACAAAGCUGUAGUAAACCCCAAUAUUAUUUACAGUUGCAAAAAAAAAUAAAAAUACUGUGAUGUAUUUACUGGCAGUACGUGAAGUAUUUCAAGAGUGAAUGACAAUGAAGUUCAUCAGAUCAUGUCUUUAGAGGGGCUUGUAUCAUGUGGAUGCUGUGGGAGAAAGGGAGCAGCCUGACCCAAAGCUGGGCCUGAUGCUUCCUUCCUCCGGCAAUGUUGAUUUAGGCAACUGCACUGCUGCCCAGGAAAACAUUUGAGCACGAUCAGCCUCCUGCCAUCCCCUCAGUGAGAUCUGGAAGUGCACAGGAGCCUUGCAGUUAACUGUUGAACCAUUACCGUGGUUUGUGGGAUCAGGGCAGUGGGUGCAGCACAGCAGCUCUGGGCAGGUCUCUGUUGUCAGCGUUGAAGGUGCGUUCCCCAUUCCCUUACUUUUGUGUAGCAGCCUUAAUCCCUGGCACUCGGCGGUACGUGGGUACCGGCAGUCUCUGGUCUGUACUACCAGUCAGGGAUGAAAUAUGGAUGCCUCCCGCAAGGCGUGGUGGGGAGCAUGACUCUGUUAUGGGCAUAGCGGAGCCAGUUUGCAGUAAAUCGGGCCAUUUAAUUUUACCUCAAGUGACAUCGAGCACGAAAAGCUUCUUGCAGGGGUAGAGGUCACUGAAUCCCUACUAUGCACUUACUGGGAUUUGACGUUGCUUACUGGAAAUGGAUGUUCGUUCCUGAACACACUGUAACAAGGGAAGGACUUCUUUGGUUAUUUUUGUAGUCGUUUGGAUUCUGAAACUGUGAUCAAUUAUUUGACGAAUUGUCAAGUGUCCUCAGAGCUUGAACACGUUCACUUCCUCCGCCAUGUAGCAGUCUCCUCUGGCUUUCCAUGCUUUUCUCUUUCCCCCUUUUCCUUCUUGGAGCUUUAAGUCUGGGCCUGCUCUUAUCUCCUGUAGCUUUGGGCUGUCUAGGGGCUUGGGGGGGUUGUUUUUUGGGGGGGUUUUUUGUUCAUUGGCUGUACAGUCUGU